UACUUAUUAUUUAUUUUACAAUACAUUUUUUAGAUAGAUGUUUAAAUUUUUUUCAUUGAAUUGGAGGCUUGUCGAUGGUUGAUAAUACUUUUGACGGAGAACAAGUUGUAGAACAAAGGCCACCCUUAAACACGCAUGACGUAUAUAGAUGCAUUCAAAUUCUGAUAUAUGUAUUAAACGAUACCAAGAUUGAUUAUACUACUUUAACCUUUUACCGUAUAUAUAUCGUUAUUUAUAUACACUGGGGUUGUGUAUUUAUAGUAAGAUAGCUUUUCUAUGUCCAUACAGAAAACGGCUUGUUGAGCAAAGUAAAGUGGUCGACCUCAUGCUUUCCCGUAACGACCGGCUUUAGAUAUUACUCUUUUUUUGCAAUUUAUUUGUAGUUUUUACGGAAUACGAGCGAUAGCUUUCUCUACAUCACCUCUGCUUCAAAACCUAAAAGAAAAGGAAGAAAGAAAAGAAAAGUAAGACAUGAAACAAAGUGAAAGAUUGUUCGGAUUUUCAGAAAAGAUAUCAUCUCCUUUUGUUAAAAGCAGGAACGUGAAUAUAAUUCAUUGUCGUUCUAUAAAUCUUCUUUUUAGACCCUGGAAAAAUAGUGAUACAAUUCAAUAAAUUCAUAAAAACUACAUUAGUUUUUAUAUGGAGAUAUAUACACUACAUUAGUUUUUAUAUGGAGAUAUAUAUAUAUAUAUAUAUAUAUAUAUAUAUAUAAGAUGUUAUUUCUAUAAAAUUUUAAUUUAACUAUCUGGAUAAAUACCGUGAUUGUCAUUUGAUAUAUAUUUGCAGUGUCCUCUAGCAAGAUUUUAUAAACAAUUAUUUGGGUUACAGUUCAUUUUGUUGUAGUUGAAAAAUUUGAUAAUUUACUUUAUACACUCCAUCAAUGUAUUUCGUGUUUUGGAGUUGACACCAAUUGCUACUAUUAAAAAAGAUCCACAAAAAAUUUUGUUACCCAUACACCAUUUGAAUUAUGUGAAAACGGACCUAAAAAGCAAAGAAAAAAAUAGUGGGAGGUUAAGGAAUCUUUUUCUGCCUCCCAUCUUUUUUCACUGUGGGGUUAAAAAUCACUUCUUUUCAUGCGAGACCAACUUUUAUUUAUAUAUUUUUACCUCUGCACUUUAUCUUUUCUUUUUACCUCUUUAAACACACACACACACUCUCACAAUCACAGCCCCCUCUCAUCUCCUUCAUCUUCAUCAAGCUCAUGGACUUCGAUUCCUCAGGCAAAGAAGCUAGUGAGGAGGAGACAAUUUUGAUGGAAUACGAUGAAGAAAACAACCAGCUCGACAUAGAAUUUUGUCCGGUUGAGCAUCCGGUUGAACCGGAAGAAGAAGAUCGCCCGGUUAAGUGUCCCGUACCAAUCUCAUCUUCUCUCAUCCACAACUCAACCGAGAAACCAAAACCGGGUUGGGUUAAACACAGAGCCAGCUGUGACACUCCGGUUUAUCCAACGCCACGUCAUGUCCGUAACGUAAGGAAGAGACACAACUCGUUCGUCGAAGAGAAGAAAAGUUUCUUCACGAGAUCUAUGAUUCCGACAUCGACUCUUCGGUCUCAUGAUGAAGAAAUUACAACGUCUACAAGAUCUAACGUUACAAUCUACCGAGUUCUUCAACAAGUUCACGAGUUCGAGCCGUGAAAAUUUAAAAUCUCUGCGUUAAGAUCGUUGAGAUGUUUUCUUUUUGCCUGAUUUUUGUUUUGUUAAAGCGGAGUGUAUCUCGCUAUGUAGUACCAAAGUUUCGGUAUACUUGUUAUAUUAUUUAUUUGGUGAUAACCGGUCCGGUCAUAUUCGUUUAGCUGCUAAAAAUACACAAAGAACACAGCUUUCUUCACAGCCCAAAACAAACACGUAUGUAUGUUAUAUAGAAACUUGUGACCAUACUUAACUUUCAGACAACCAGUACACAAUGAAAGAUAGAAACUUGUGACCUUGUAAAGAAUAACAGAUUAAGUUUUAUUUUGUACUCUUCACUCUCCAUAUAUCUCCUAUAAGUCAAGCCACCUUCUCUAUUCACAAGUCUGCAUCUUCUUCAUUAUCAUAUACAUCAUUAUUAAGAUUUAACUUCACAAAAUAGAGUCAAAGUCAGCCUUGGAGAAGUGAGUCUGGCUCAGAGCUAUAUAUCCAUGUUUAGGUAGUGGAAGCAGUAUCAUCUACCAUACACGUCUUCCCUUUGGGUUAGUAAGAGAUCUUGCCUCUUCCCGUCCCGUGGACCACAGUCCCAUAGACUCCAGGCUCACAACACUGCAGCACAUGGACCUCAACCUCUCCCUUAUGAGUUCUCACUAAUUCUAUAAUUAGGUUGUUAGUGCAUCUCGAACUCAUGACCUCACCAUUUAACAACUUUUCCACAGGAAAAACUGUCAAUUGUCAAUUGUUGGUGACAGCUUGUCAUGUGGGAAAGUUGUUAAAGGAUGAGGUCCUGGGUUCGAGGCACAUCAACAACAUAAUUAUGGAAUUAGUGAGAACUCAUAAGGAAGGGGUUGGGAUCGAUGCGCUAUAGCGCUGUGAACCUGGGGUCUACGGGACGGGUGGUCCACCUAGAAACGAAAAGAUUAAUGAAAAAUAAAUAAAAGACUAUCAAUUAAAAUUGUCUCUAAUAAAAUCUCGUUAUGACCCAAACAAUCAUCCUUUUAGGAAUAGUUUAUAAUUAGGAUAAAAUUGAACUAACUGUUUUUUCUUGGUUAUAAUUAGCAUAAAAUGUGAAUAGUUUUGUUCUUUUAUUUAGUAUGGUUGGUUACUCAUCUUACAUUUGUAAGUAUAUUUGUAAUAUUAUAUAGAACAUAAUAUGUGUUGUCUAAAAUUAACAUUAGAAGAAGAAAAAUGAAGAAAUUAAAAUAUUGAUUCUCCAAGUAAAAAAUUAAAAGAUUUAUUUUGAAAAGAAAAUUGCACAUCUCUUUAAUCCGUAAAUACUUUAUAAAUAUAAAUAUCCUAAUUAUUAAAGAGAAAUACCCAAGGAUAGCACUAAAAAAGUUUUGGUCACAAAUAUAGACUCUAAGAAUAAAAAUGACUAAAAUAUUUCAUUAAAUAGGUAAAUAUACAUUUAUACCCCUAAGAUUAACUAAUCCAAACCUUAAAGUUUAGAUUUAAAGGGUGGAGAUUUGGGAUUGAAGCUUAAAAUUUUAUAAAAUAAAAAAUUAAAAUUAAAAUUUUGAAAAUAAAAAUUUUAAAAAUAGUUUCAAAAACUAUUUUCGAAUUACAAAAGGAAAAUUUGAAAAAAAA